AAUUCUGAACUCUGGUUCUCUAGAGUCUAGACUGUUCCUAGUUAAAAAAAUGUCGGAUUUAUUUAUACCCUUCGUUCCUCUCUGUGUCCGCUCUUGACUUCGUAGCGUCUCCGUGCAACCCAGAGCGUCAUUUAAGUCGGUGCAGGUGUCUAGCAUAGUAAAGGUACUAAGAAAGCUUCUUGUCGUAAUCAUGGCCAAACAUCAUCCUGAUUUGAUUAUGUGCCGGAAACAGCCAGGCAUUGCCAUUGGACGACUUUGUGAGAAAUGCGAUGGAAAAUGCGUAAUCUGCGACUCCUAUGUGCGACCCUGUACUCUUGUCCGAAUUUGUGAUGAAUGCAAUUACGGGUCAUUCCAGGGCCGAUGUGUCAUCUGCGGAGGAGUGGGAAUCUCUGAUGCUUAUUAUUGCAAAGAGUGUACACAACAGGAGAAGGAUAGAGAUGGAUGUCCGAAGAUUGUUAAUCUAGGGAGUGCCAAAACCGAUCUCUUCUACGAACGGAAGAAGUAUGGGUUUAAGAAAAGAUGAUGAACAACUCUCUGUCUGUCCAUGUUUGUCACAUGGAUGUGACCUUGUCAAAGAUGUGCUUUAGAUAAUUGAUCUUGUAUCCGAUUAUCAUUGUUGGAAAAACACUCGCUAUUUGAAACUCCUAUCGGUUAUAAAACAGCAUUUAGCUACGUGAUCUACCCAGUAUGGGUAUGUUUGAAUGUUGGAACAUAAUUUUUCAUGAUGAUAUUUCAUUUUAACUAUGUGUUUGUUC